AUGGAAUUAUUUAGAGUAGGCCUAUAUAUUUCCCGGCGGUUUAAUUCCACGUUGGCUGUAACGCCCAGGUUACUAGACCUAAGAAUUGGUAAGAUUGUUGAAAUAAAGAAACAUGAAAAUGCAGAUAAACUAUACGUUUCGCAGGUUGCAGUGUCUGGAGCAAAACCUGAUGAAUCUUCUCAAGGUAAACUUGAUGGAAAUAUUGAACAUGUAACUGAAACAGUGCAAGUUUGCAGUGGCUUGGUCGGAUUUGUUCCAAAAAGUGAAUUACUUAACAAGAGGGUUGUCCUCGUGAUGAAUCUCAAGCCAUCAAAGAUGAGAGGUGUACGAUCAGAAGCAAUGCUAUUGGCAGCGGAAAAGCAAAUAAAUAAUACUGAUAUAAUUCCGAACUUUAAGGUUCAAGUUGUUCGACCUCCAGAACACGGUGAGAUAGGACAGUCGCUUCAAUUUAAAGGUUUUGAAAGAGAACUCGGAGACGAAUUGAGACGUGUUAAUAGAAAGAAAUGGGAAAAGAUAGCCUCUGGAUUGAAAACAAAUAAUAAGGGGGAAGUUUGUUAUAUCGAUGAAUCAUGUACGCUAGGUUUCGAUGUUGACAACUGGAGGGAGGUAUGUACUGUGAGUAAUGAGUUCAGAAACUGUAAGGUCAGAUAA